AUGGCCCGCGUUUGCAUUCGCCGCGGUGGCGAUGCUGGUUCUGCUUCCCCUGCUGCAGGCCCCGUUGAUGCUAAUGAUCGUACUGAGCGUGUCGACCGUUUUGGUGCCGCUGAGCUUUUUGGUGCUGCUGAGCUUUUUGGUGCUGCUGAGCGUUUCGGUACUGCCGAUCGUUUGGGUGCUGCUUCCUCUGCUGCAGCUCCUGCUGAUGCUGGUGGCCGUGGUGUGCGCGCUGAGCGUCUUGGUGAUGCUGAGCGUGCUGGUGGUUCCGAAUUCUCCGGUUCCGUAGCCCUCUUCCUCUUCGUCGCUUUCGCUUUUCCCUUCUUUGCUGGUUCCACUUGGGCUGGCGCUGGCUUGGGUAGCGUAGGCGGAGCCCUAGGUAUCUGCUCAAGUUGA